AUGGCAGCGCCAAAUAACGAUCACUGGACCCAAAAGGCCGAGGUGCCUUCCGGAGAUGAAAUCAUGGGCCUUGAUAACACCCAAGACGAGAUUGUUUUGCCAUCCAAUCGACCUUUGGGUCCCUGGACAUCUGUUGUUGAAUACCUGGGCACACACUAUCAGCUAUUCCGAGAAGAAGCCAUCGCGCCGCUUCGAGAUGCUGUGGCAUACUUACGUGAAAGUCCGGGCAUGAAGGAUUCCAAGACUGUGUCCAUUUACGACAAGGGCCACCUUGUCCGCGUGACCGCAGCCACCCGCGGACUUGCAUUUCGCAUCCGCUUUUCUACCGAACGCGCCGGAAAAAAAAUCAUCUGGCCGCAUUCAUCCCGUCUGGUACCUGGAUCUCUUGUUGCUUUGUCUCCUGCAAACGACAUGUUUUCUACCAAAUGCAUGGUAGCAACUGUGGCAUCGCGAGCCUUGGAGAAUGUCACCAAGUACCCGCCUGAGAUUGAUAUCUACUUCGCUUGUCCUGAUGAUAUUGACAUCGAUUCUCAACAAGAGUGGGUCAUGGUAGAAGCAAAGGAGGGCUAUUUUGAAGCUUCCCGGUAUACCUUGACUGCUCUCCAGAAGAUGGUCAAAGAGAAGUUCCCUCUAAGCCAGUUUAUCUGUGGCUUGGAUACAAACGUUGCUGUUGCAGAAAAUGCCAAGAUGAAACAAUUCAUGAAUUUCCAACAUCUGACUGGCGUUGCCGCCAAAGAAAAAGAUGUGCACAGCAUCCUUGACCUGCCAGAUACUCCCAUGGGGAGUCUGAAUAUUCUCCAGUGGCAAGCUAUGAAGGAAAUUCUGACGAAGAAAAUUACUCUCAUCCAAGGCCCCCCAGGUACCGGCAAAACUCAUGUAUCCGUUGCUGCGUUGCAGGUUUUACUGCAAAGUAUGGUGAAAGGAGACCCACCGAUCAUAAUUGCUGCUCACACAAACCAUGCAGUUGACCAGCUUCUCAAGCUGGUGUCCACCUCUGAGCCAAACUAUAUUCGCCUGGGUGGACGGACUACUGACUUGCAGAUUGUCGAAAAGACGUUGUACAACAUCAAGAGAUCCCGUCCGCUCCCAAGGUUUAAUUACUCUUUCAGAGACUUAAAGAAAGAGACAUAUAACCUGGCCUCCUUGAUUCUGGCUGUCUUCAAACCAUUGCAACCAGAGAUAAACGGGAAUAUCAUCAGUGCUUCGACUUUUCUCGACUAUGGCGUGUUGACCACAGAACAGGUUGAAUCCUUGAAGUUCGAGGUGGAUCUAUUGAUGGGCUGGAAUGAUCAUAAAGAGAGUGAGCCUCUGGCCUGUUGGAUCGAUGAACACGCCCCGAAAACCUUAGUGGACUACGGUGAAGAAUGCACGAGUUUUCUAGAGGAUGACAUGGACAGAAUGGAUGAAGCAAAGCAGGGGUAUGAUGCUGAAGACCGAGAUACACUCAGUGGCAAAUCUGCCGCAUUUGAUGCAAUGUUCAGUCAGAGGGACAACGAUUCUGUCACGGAAGACACCAUUCGCGCCCAUCUACAGGGUCCAGACUUGUGCCAGAUCCCAUCGAAGCUACGAGGACCUACCUACAAAUAUCUUCGAGGGAAGCUGAUACAAAUCUUGAACGAGAAUGUCCGGGACCUUGCAAAGCGAUAUAAUGAAGCCUGCAAGUCGUUCGCGGUUGCGAGAUUGGAGGGGGACUGCGAGAUUCUUCGUAGCGCCAAGCUGAUUGCUAUGACUACAACCGGUCUCAGCAAGUAUCGGGAUCUUGUGGCUAGCCUCAAGCCCCGUAUUGUCAUGAUCGAAGAAGCCGCUGAGGUUCUCGAAGGUCCCGUCACAGCGGCAUGCAUGGAAUCUGUCGAGCAGCUGAUUCUCGUGGGAGACCAUAAACAGCUAAGGGGGCACUGUGCUUUGCCCGAUUUGACUGGGCCUCCCUUCCAUUUGGAUCUGUCAAUGUUCGAGAGACUGAUCGGAAACAACAUGCCAUACAUCAUGUUGCGAGAGCAGCGUCGUAUGGUUCCGGAAAUCCGAGAACUCCUUCACCCAAUCUACGGUGAACUUCAUGAUCAUCGAAGCGUCCGAGAAUACCCCCCCAUCCCUGGCAUGGGAAAUACGCGCACAUUCUUCUUCACUCAUCGCUGGCCUGAGCAAGGUGAUAGUUUUUCCUCCAAGCUCAAUGAAAUGGAAGGGGCCAUGGUAGUCGAGCUUUGCGUCUGGCUUAUCCUGAACGGGACCCCCGGCAACAAGAUCACGAUCUUGACAUUUUACAAUGGACAAAGGACAACAAUCUUCAAGUUGAUGCGAAGACACAAACAUAGCUUGCUACUCAAGAGUACAAAUAUUGUGACUGUUGACUCGUACCAGGGAGAAGAGAAUGAGAUCAUCUUGGCGUCCCUUGUUCGGAGCAAUUCGAAUCAAUCAAUCGGAUUUCUUGGGGUGGACAAUCGAGUCUGUGUGGCAUUGUCCCGCGCAAAGCGAGGGUUUUUCCUCUUCGGAAAUGCGGAGGUUCUUGCUUCUAGCAGUCCACUCUGGAAGCAAGUUCUCAGCAUCAUGAUGGCCGAUCUCAACAACUUGCGUGUUGGGCGAACUUUCCCAUUGACCUGCAAGUCACAUGGUCGUCCAAUUUACAUUAGUGGUAAGAAGCUCCUCGACAAUGAACAUUCAAUUGAUGAUCUGAAAAUGGCUAACGAUGAUUGA